AUGCUUUCAUUUUUAGGAGAAACUUUCCUUAACAAGGAAUAGGAAGUAGGCAGUUCUGUACUCGAGAAUAUUGAAUUAAUUGGACUUUAUUUUAGUGCUGUUUGGUGUGGACCUUGCAGAUUAUUCACUCCUAGAUUAAAUAAAUUUUAUCAAGAUAUCAAUUAAGAUAGUAAAAAAAUGGAAGUAUUCUUUGUUAGCAAAGAUAAAAAUAAAGAAGAGUUUUUAUACUAUUAUAAACACAUGCCAUUCUUAGCAAUGCCUUUUGAUGAUUAACAACGCAUAAAACAUCUUUAUAGCUUUUAUAGAGUCAUGGGCAUUCCAACUCUUGUAAUAUUAGAUAACAAAGGCAGAUACAUAACGAAAGAAGGAAAAUAAUAUAUAGAAACAAUGGGAACAGAAGCAUAUGAUACAUUUAUAUAAAUGAGAGAUGAAAUGUAUUCUGAUAUCAAGGAAGAGUGA